AUGUCGCUAAGCCACGCAUCUCCAACGGAGCACAGUCCAAAGAGAGUAAAAGCAGCUCAUCAACACCCCAACGGCAUAACCGGGACAAACGGCACCAAGACUUUCCCCUCCACAACAUCCACCCGUCUAGCAAAAGCCCUAUUCUCUGAUUCAGCGAUUGCCAAAAUCUGGAGAGUCGCAGCCCGGGCUCAAGGAUCAAGCAAACCCCCCGUGCUAUACCCUGAAUAUACCGGCUCUAAUGGAAGCACCUAUGUCUACCGCACGCUCGAUUUCUGGACCUCCGGCUUCUUCCCGGGAUCAUUAUAUCUAAUACUCGAGCGCUUAACACGUUAUCAAAGGACCAGCAUUUACCGAUCUUCAUCUCCUUCUGAUGAUGAAGACAAUGAAUCAAAAAUAUUACCUCACCACCUUCAGCUCUCGUACCUCUGCCGCUGGUGGACCGCAAACUUGCACCAAAACGCCCUCAAGCGGGACACGCACGACCUCGGAUUCAUGAUCGCUCCAUGGGCCAUGAAAGCAUGGGACCUGCACCACGAUGCAGAAGCGUACAACAGUCUUGUCCUGGCCGCACACUCCCUCGCCAGCCGCUUCAACGCCACCACGCGAUGCAUCCGCAGCUGGGACGUCUGCAUCACGAACAGAUACUCGUACACUGAUGUGUCGACGGACUUCCUCGUCAUCAUAGACAGCAUGCUGAACCUUGAUCUGCUGUUCUGGACCGCCCACGAAACCAACAAUGCAGAAUUGUAUGACAUUGCGGUAGCGCAUGCGCACACCUCCCGGAGACACCACGUCCGCGAAGACAACAGCACUGCACACGUCGCGAACUUCGACGCUCAGACCGGCGAAUGCAAAGCCAGAUUCACGAACCAGGGAUAUAGCGACGAGAGCUGUUGGGCGCGUGGCCAGGCGUGGGGGAUAUUAGGGUUCGCGCAGACGUUCCGGUGGACGGGACAGUCUGUGUUUCUGGACACGGCGAGGGCGCUGGCAGAGUACUUCAUAUCUCACUUGCCAGAGGACGGGGUGCCGUAUUGGGAUUUCAUGGCACCAGUAACGGAUGAGAGUCCGCGAGAUACGUCGGCGGCGAUUAUUGCGGCGUGUGGGAUGCUGGUGCUGUUUAAGUCGCUUAGGGACACGUCGGAGGGGGAGUACUAUCUCCGGGAGGCUUUGGGGAUCGUGGAUGCUGCCGUGGGCAGGUUUUUAAAUCCGCCUACGUUGAUGUUUCAGAUGGGGAGGGCUCCGACGCAGUAUGAAGUAUACCCGGAGGGCUGUAUCGCGCAGGGAGCGAGUGAUGGAUUCGACGUCUUGAGUUAUGUCGAUCAGUCUGGUUCGCGUACGCGAGACACGAUUCUUGAUGGGGCCACGAUCAACAACUAUGAGUUUGCUCCAAGACGGUGGGCGAACCACGGGUUGGUAUAUGCAGACUAUUACUUCUUGUUGUUUGGCAACAUGCUGCAAGAGUUGGGGUUGGUAGAUAUGCAGGGGCAUAUUAACUUUCCGAUAUAA